AUGAUUUAUUCUGAUAAAAAAUUAUUAUCUUUACAAUUGAAUGACAGCAAUGCUUCAUUAAGUCGAUUUCCUUCAAUAGAAAAUAUUGAGUAUAUUGAUGUUUUAAAGUUAAACAAAAGCAAAAGACAAGUUCCAGAUAUAAAAAAUAAAAAAAAUUUCAACUUUGCCAAUAUAGUCUUUCCAUCAAAUAUGAGUAUAUACAAAGAAAAUACAGUAUCAAUAAAAAGAAAAAACUCUUUUGGAGUGAGUAAUGAAAGCAAAAAAAACAAUAAGUUGAUUGAGUCUUUUAAAAAGAAACAAGAUAAUAGAAUUAUAAAAGAAAAAAAUUUAAAUAUAACUAAAGUAACAGAUGAAAAGAAACCAAAAAGUGAUUCUAAAAUUUUAGCUUCUAAGAAAACAAAAAAGUUAGAAGAAGAAAUGAGUGGUUUAAGUAUUCAAGAUCAAUCUACUUGUUCCAAUUGCCCAUACUGUAUAGAGGAAGAAAAAAUGGAUCACGGAAAACAUUGUGAAGACAAACAUCACGAGCAUAAGACAGAAGAAUGCCAUAAGAAGGAGCAUUGCCAUGAGAAGAAAUGCCACGAAACUGAGCAUGGACAUGAAAAGGGACAUAAACAUGCUGGUGGUGAACAUUGCCACAAGGAUCAUAAAGAACAUCAUUAA